AUGAGGUUAAAGCAGUGCCAUUCACUCAGUCGAUCAACAAAUAUCGAGUGCCUGCUGUAUGGCAAGAACCAGUCUAGUGGCCAGGGAGAUGCUGAGAAGCAGGACAUGCAGAGUGUCGAUGGGGUUUCCAUUCUAGUGUUUGCCGAUGGUGGUGGUGGUGAUGAGCACGUGGGCUCAGGGCGUCGCUGCAGGACGCGAUUGUCCCUCCUCAUCUCCUUCAGUGCGAUGCACUGGCCGCACAGCGGAUCUCUGAGUAAUGAAGAAAAAAGACUAUUUGGGAAAUGCAACAAUCCACAUGGCCACAGUCACAGUUACAAAGGUGAGGUGACAGUACACAGCAUGAUUGAUCCUAUCACAGGGAUGGUAAUGAAUUUGAUGGACCUCAAAGAGCAUAUGGAGGAGGUAAUUAUGAAGCCUAUUGAUCAGAAGAAUCUGGACCUUGAUGUGCCGUACUUUGCAGACACUGUAAGCACGGCAGAAAAUGUAGCUGUGUAUAUCUGGGAAAGCCUCCAGAAAUUAUUUCCUGUGGGGUUUCUUUAUACAGUAAAAGUCUAUGAAACUGACAAUAAUAGUGUGGUCUAUAAGGGACAGUAG